AUGCCACCAAAAAAAGGAACUACUAAGACAACAACAUCAACUGAAAAUGAUACUGAUCCCAAACAAAUUCAAAAAAAACAAGAUGAAGAAAAUCAGCAACCAACAGAAACUGAACAAUUAAGUCCAAAGAAAAAUUCCACUGAAUCAAAAAAAGCUGGAAAUAAUAAAGCUGCUGGUCGAUUACGAAAAAAAUCUGAAGCUGAAAAACUUCAAGAAGAAGCAUCUGGUUUUAUUGACCGAGCAAAUAAAAAAUCUGAAGUAGCUGAUGAUUCAACAGAAGAAGAUAAUGAUGAUGAACAACAAUCAUCAAAGAAAAAAUCGAAUACAUCAACUAAAGCAACUGGAGCUCGUGGUGGUAAACGUCAAGCAGCUAAAAAUAUGCCUACACAUGAUGAAGAAGAAAACGAAGAUGAAAAGGCAUCAUCGACUUCUACAAAAGCUCCAGCUAAAGGCAAAGGUGCUGCUCAAAAAAAUAAAAAACCAGAAGAAGAUGAACAAAAAGAUGCUGGUACUGGUGAAGAUGAUGAUGUUGAAAAUGAAGAUGAAUCACCAAGUAAAAAAACUAAAGGUAAAGCAGGUCGUAAACCUGCUCAAAAGAAUAAAACCGAAGCUGAAAAUGAACAUGAACAAAAUGAAGACAAUGAUACUAAGAAAAAAUCAGCUACUGCUCGUAAAGGAAAAGCUGGAGCAGCAUCAAAAAAAUCUGAAACUGAAGAAAAAUCAACAAAUGAUGAUCUUAAAUUAUCUGAAGAUGAAGACGAAAUAGCUGAUGAUAAAUCUAAAACUACAACAAAAAAAGGACCCACAAAACGAUCUGCACCAGCAUCUGGAAAGAAAACAACUAUUUCAUCAACGAAAAAGAAGGGCCAAACUGAUGAACCAUUUGAAGAUCGUACAAAUGACGAAGAAAUUGAAAAUAAUACUGAUGAAGAUGUUACACCAGCUAAACAACCAAAAAAAGGUCGUUCAGCUGAUAAAGCUCCAACAUCAACUAGCAAAACUGCUGCUAAUCGUAGUGGUAAGAAAACUAAAGCCACAUAA